AUGAUACAAAGAAGAACUUCUAGUGCUAGAAGUGUGAGCACUGCUUUUUCCGACACUAGUUUUGAUGAGGCUCAUGGUAUUAGGAAAGUGAGCUUUCUGAAUAAUAUCCAAAAUGCCAUUUCAAUUGCCAUCAUCUUACUGGAGAGAUUAAUAACUGGCAUUACGUUUGUGCUUCCAAAAUCCAUAAUUUCUGCUUGUACUAGGACUGUUAGACUUCUUUUAAACUUUGAGAAAACCAACAACGAUGCCUAUGAUAAGCUUAUAUCUCAGCAGGAUAGUGCAUUGACAAAUGAUGCGUUUUUACAGAGGAUUGAACAGUUAAGAACAGCAUGUUCCUUUGAAGAACUUUGUGAGAUUAAUGGAUUUGUAUCCGAGAGCCACCUUGUGCAAACAAAGGACGGGUAUGGAUUAACUAUUCAUAGAUUGAACCCAGAAACAAAUGGAUUUAAGUCAAAUGGCAAGGCUGUUUUCUUGCAGCAUGGUUUAUUAAUGAAUAGUGAGAUAUGGUGCGUCAGAAUAAGAAAGGAUGAUAACAUACCUUUUAGAUUGUGUGAACUAGGAUAUGAUGUUUUCCUUGGCAAUAAUAGGGGAAACAAGUACUCUUCGUAUUGUAAGGAUGCGGAUAUUCACGACAAGAAAUUCUGGAAUUUUUCUAUUGACGAACUUGCGCUAUAUGAUAUACCUGCAUCCAUAGACUACGUUUUAAAACUUAAGAGUAUUAGCAAACUUACAUAUAUCGGAUUUAGCCAGGGAUGUUCUCAAUUUCUUGCUUCAGUUUCGGUGAAUCGUGAUUUAAAUGAAAAGAUCGAUAAACUUAUUUUACUUGCCCCUGCAACAACUCCAAAGAAACUGUCAAACUGGCUUAUCAAUUCGAUUGUGAACUUACAGCCUAAGGUGUUCUUCUUUUUGUUCGGAAAGAAGAUUUUAAUGCAGUCCAUUUUAUUUUGGUUAAAAAUUGUCUAUCCGCCGUUAUUCAUUAAACUCAUCGACAUUCCAAACCGUAUUUUAUUUGGCUGGCAUUCAAACAAUAUGGAUAUUCUGCAGAAGUUUGUUGCAUACUUUCACCUAUACUCGACAACAUCUGUUAAGUGUGUCGUUCAUUGGUUUCAGAUAAUUAGAUCAACGAAAUUUCAAAUGUACCAGGAGUCUCUGCUUUUCCCAUCUUUUGAAUAUCCUAUCAGAGCAGCAAUGAAAAUUCCAAAAGUUCUUCUAGUUUAUGGAAUGGCAGACUCUCUUGUUGAUAUUGACGUAAUACUUCAUCAACUUCCAGAAUAUGACUCUGCGGAUGUUGAAUAUUUAGACAGUGAUGAUACUAGUAGUAAUGAUGAGAAAUAUGAGAUUAAAUUGCAGGAUGACCUCAGCGGAAAAGAGGGCCUUGAGUCUUCCGGUGAUCAAGUUGAUAUAACCGAGGAUAACAUUAAAGUGAAUGAAGCAGAAUCAAGAAUGCUUGACUCUGCAGAUAUGGGGCACAAAUCAAUACACAUAGUAGGCGUGAAAAAUCAUGAACAUUUAGAUUUGAUUUGGGGUAACAAGGUAGAAAACAAAAUUAUUCAAAGGGUGGUGAACUUUGUCGUCAAUUAG